GAGCAAACCUAGAAACGCACUCCCAAGAUCCUUUCAGUGCACUCAUGCUGGUUCCCCUGAGGAUUACACACUGAGCAGAACAUCUGCUGACCUAAAAGCAAACCACUGACACUUCCUCUUUGAGGUGCUGCUUUUCCCCCCUCCCAUCACCAGGAUGAGCUCUCUGGCUGAGGCUGACACAGAGCAAAGAACAACAGGAGUGGGAGGGAGGUUAAAAAAAAAAAAAAAAGCAAACAACAGGCAGAAGAAACCAACAACCAAAUAGCAGAAUUGAUGUCUAAGGGCUGCUGAGGAACAGCAUGGAGCAGCCAGCAGAGGCCCCUCAGGCAGCACCCCGGCGAAUCUCCCAGGAGAGACAGAGGCUCACAGGUCUGCCCUUGUACUUCCAAGGUUACCUGUCAGUCCGGCGCUCACGGUGCCAGGAAUUUAGAGUGUUUUGGACAGAACUGAGAGGAACUACGCUCUUCUUUUACGAUGAUAAGAAGGCACCAACAUACUCACACAAACUAGAUAUAUCAGCUUUGACCUCAGUAACCAGUAUUUAUCCAAAUGAAAACAACUCUUCACAUUUCAUCCUGAUGUUGUUGAAUGAAGAACUGGAAGUGAAGGCUGAUAACUGUGAACAUGGGAAAGAAUGGAAGGGUUUUAUUCUCACCGUAACAAAGUUGUCAGUUCCACUGGAUGAGUCUUUAUCACCUGGACAGCUUACAAGAAUACAUGAAGUGCUAGAUAAAGAAAAGAAAAGAAGGACUAUGCUUAGUGACUGUUUCAGCACAUCCCAGAAUAAAGAAAGCCUUUCCAGCAAGGACUACAGCAAUAUAGCGACUGCUAUGCCAGCGUGCUUCUAUGCAGUAUCUCGGAAAGAAGCAAUAGAGAUGUUAGAAAAUAACCCUUUGUGUGGCAAUUUGAUCCUUCGUCCUGGCAGUGACAGCAAGAACUAUGCAAUCACUAUCCGACAUGUACUGGAUGCUCCAUGCAUAAAGCACUACAGAGUGACAUCCAGAGAAAGAAGUUACGUUAUUGAAUUGGAAAGACAGGUGACAGUUAAAAGCCUUCAGGAUGUCAUCAGUUACUUUGUGAUCCAAACCCACGGGAACCUGAAACCUUUCAUCAUGCAGACGUGCAAUGAGGCUCCGCAAAUGGACCAGAGUUCUGAAAGCAAAACAUAGGAAGAGUCCUGAUGAAAGACAGAGGCACAAACAGGAGCCAGUGUCCAUCCUCUAGGAACCUGGGGAUCCAGCCUUCAAAACAAGUACCUGAAGUGAUCAGCAGUAGGACCUAAAUUUAGGUAUUUUACGCCUCUAAAGCAUGCCAAGCACUGUAUCUUACUUUCGCCAUGCAAGAUGAUUCACUUACUAACAAGACAGUUUUGCUGGUGUGAUUUAUCACUGCUGUAACUCAUGACACGUUUAACACUGAACCCAAAUAAUCAUUCCGCAGAAUGGAUAAACACCUGCUCUAGCUAUUUUUCAUCAACCACGCAGAAGAUACCAAAAUAUACAUUUAAUAAAAUAAACUUUCAAAAGCUACAUCCACUGGACAGAAGUUUAGAUUGCUGUCCUGUGCUGCAGCAAAGCCUGGUUUCUGUAAUUACAGAACAGAAGAUAAUUAACAAGGAUGGACAGACCUUUCAACAGAGGUAGAAUUAAGCCUGUUGCAUUUCUGCAAAUGUUCCUUUCUGCAAAUGACUACUAUACAGCCAAAACAUUUCCAAAGACAGAAGGAAAGACUGUGCAUGUCAAUUUACCAAAGCCUUUUACUUCUGCUUGAUACAACUCAGAUGCAUAUACAAACCCUGCCUAGCUCAAACACAUAUUAUUUCAGGAUGUGAGAUUGUAACCUGGUGUCACAGGUGCCUCUGCAUUUGCUAAAACUGCCGUAUGUUCACAAAUUCACCGCAUGUAUUUGGAAAAGGGAGAAUGAAAAUAUGUGCUUUUUACUCCCUGGGUUGGUAAAUAAAAUGCCAAAUCCAUCAGAACUACCAGUCCACAUUUGUCAGAACAGUCAAGUUAACAGGAAUAAGUUUUCCCAAACAGAAUCUUCACUACUCCAAGAAAUCAAGAGAGACAGAGCUGGGAGCUAAAUGUCUAGUUUCACAUGCAUAAAAGUUCCAGUAACAAUAGAGUAUAAGAGUAACCAUUAAGAAAUUAAGGAGAAACCAGCGUAAAUGUAAGUAGACUGUAAAAAGGCAUCUGAAUGAGAAUGAUCUUUAAUGCUGAUAUAAAAUUUAAUCUCUGCAAAUCAACUGCUCUUGCAAAGAAUAGCAUUUUGAAGGAAUGCUCAAAGUCCUCUAGUACAAAGGUAGUUACUUCAUUGUUAACAGAGAGGUGCCUAGUUCCAGCUGCUGUAUAAGAAGACAGCAUCGGUCCUAGCCACUCACAAGCCUUCACUACAAAGAAAAAAAGCAGUUCUGAGAUCUAGGUGGUGUAACACACCUCUGCACUGGCAGCACUAUACCAGUACUGACAACAUCUGGAAGAACAGCUCCUCCCAGCCCAGGGCUCUCUUGCCCAGUUUGAGUGAGCCCACUGAACGCUUGCUGGAAAUGGUGGUAGAAAGCAGUUCUUGAUUGAGAAAUGGGCUGCAUCAAACACAAAUCCUCACUGAAUCAGCUCACUUCACACAAGUGAACGCAUUUACAUCACAGCUAUCAGCUAUUCAGAAAGCUAUUCAUUUCAAAACAUGAAAAACCAUUUUAACAGCCGCUUGACACCCACACUUCUUCCGUAUGAAGUCCUCUUAGGUAAUUACUUGUAAGAUGUUACCUGAGUUAGCUUACACUCAGAAGAUUUUAAAAGGUCUGCUGGAAGUAUCUGGAGAUGUUCUGCAUUUUCAGUUUUUCCAUCUCAAACUGAGGAGAACCCAUCUGUAGAAUAGACAUAUAUCCUAUGUAUACUCAGCAAGAGCACUAUCUGUCAGUUCUGUCCCCAGCCUACACCUGGAACGUUUAGCAAGGGUCUCACAAAACCGUGUGCACUGUCAUCAGCAAGAGUCAUUCUGUUACCUGUAUCUGAGGACUUUCAGAUGGCCUACAAGUAAAGUAGUGAGACUAUUUUGCUUUGCUGCGUAUCUCAAAAGCAGAGCGUGUUAGCACCACAUAAAUGCACCAGGAAGUGUACUUACUCAGAAAUUUUUUUUCCCCAGCUUACAAUUGUGAGCGGUGACAGUGCUUUUGUUUUGACCUAAACAUUUAAGUAAGUGAUCCUUAUUAAUAAUUAGCAAUUUUAGUUUAGGGUCUAAUAUUGCCACAGGCAAACAUUUCAGUUAUUUAAAAGUGGAAACUUAUUGUCUGCUUGUGCCUUCACUGAGCUUCAAAUGUAGUAACGUUUGUCCUGAUUCAAAAAAACUAAGUUUUUUUAUUUAUUAAAAGAAAUAGGCUAGUUUAAAAAGCAGUAUUUUUAAUCUAGAAAAUGAGAUCUAUAAACUCUACUGACUGUAAAACUAUAUAUACCUUCACAAACGUAUUGCACAUGUAAGACUAAAUCCCAAAUAUUGGAAUAAUUGUGUUGAUUCCAGAUACUCAGUUCCAUAUACCUUGUUGUUCAAGUGACCAGCCUAAUAUCUGUUGUUCCUGGCUACAACUGUCUGAGAAAGGAAAAGCAGGUAAAAUUCCCAAGCGAUAACGUUCAUUAAAUGUGAAGAUAACCCUAAAUCUUUAUAAACGAUAAUCAAGGAUAAAUGGCUAAGUACAACAUCUGCAGGAUUUAGGGAUGAGCAUUCUCCAUCUCUAAAUCUUAAAAACAUCAACAUUUUUAGUCUGUAGGAUCUGUUUUUAUCCUAACCCCACUUCACUCUCAUCACUGGGGAAUAAUAAUAAAAAAAGCCACCCUUGACCCCACCCAAACUAUCAGCUACAUUAUACUGUGUUUAAAAGAUAAUGUGUUGUUACAGAUGCUUCUGUAAUGCACCUCUGCCUCACUGCAAUGUAAAGCAAGUUUCUAAUUAUUUAAGCAUAUUCUUUUAUACUGAGAUAUCCUAGUAACAGAUUGAGAUGAUGCCAACUCAGUGCUCAGUGCAACCCAGACUCACACUUUGGACAGGUGCACAGCAUAACCAUUCACUGUAAAGAAACAGUACCAGAAGCAGCUGAGGAAACAGCAUUUGCUGUGACAGUCAUCCAGGGCUGUCUGCCU